AUAUUUUCUUUCUUUCAUUCUCCGCCUUCUUUGACCGAGUCGACCCAUUUUGCCCUCCAAAACCUUCUCCUUCUUCUCUUCUUCGACGACUCUCUGUUCUUCUUCUUCUUCUUCGGGGAAUAGGGAGCUAAAAGCCAAAGAGCAACAACCAAAAAAACCCAGAUUAACAACAAACCCAAGCAUCAAUUUUUUUCCUCUAAAUUUAGCACAGAUCCGCUAAAUUUAGAGGGAGAGAGAAACAGAAGCCCCAUUUACAGAAUUAGGUUUAGGGUUUUUGAGGAAGAGUGACGGAGCUUAAUAAGGGAAGAUGAUGAUCAAUCGGGGGCUGUUCGGGUGGUCCCCCCCGCACGUACAGCCGCUGACUCCGGUGUCUGAGGUCUCGGAGCCGCCGGAGUCGCCGUCGCCGUACAUGGACAUGAGCGGGGACACGUCGGCGCAGCCGGUCGAGCAGGAGGAGGAGAUGGAGGAGCCUGAGGAGAUCGAGCCGCCGCCCGCUGCCGUGCCGUUUACGAGGCUGUUCACCUGCGCCGACCGCCUCGAUUGGGUUUUGAUGACCGUCGGAUCGCUGGCGGCCGCCGCGCACGGCACGGCGCUCGUGGUGUACUUGCACUUUUUUGCUAAGAUUAUUCAUGUGCUUUGGAUCGAAAAGGAUUCUAAAGAAGCGCCGCCGAUGCAUGUGACGCCGGAGCAGUACCAGAAGUUUAUGGAUCUUGCUUUAAGCAUUGUUUAUAUCGCUGUGGGUGUUUUUGCUGCUGGUUGGAUUGAGGUCUCAUGCUGGAUUCUGACUGGAGAACGGCAGACUGCUGUCAUCAGGUCAAGAUAUGUUCAAGUAUUACUUAACCAGGAUAUGAGUUUUUUUGAUACCUAUGGGAACAAUGGGGACAUCGUGAGCCAAGUUUUGAGUGAUGUUCUACUCAUUCAGUCUGCUCUCAGUGAAAAAGUUGGAAAUUAUAUUCAUAACAUGGCGACAUUUUUCAGUGGGCUCAUUAUUGGAUUCAUCAACUGUUGGCAGAUUGCGGCUAUAACAUUAGCCACUGGUCCAUUUAUUGUUGCUGCUGGAGGAAUAUCAAAUAUAUUUCUUCACAGGCUUGCUGAGAAUAUUCAAGAUGCAUAUGCUGAAGCAGCUAGCAUUGCUGAACAGGCAGUCUCUUACAUUGGGACAUUAUAUGCAUUUACAAAUGAAACAUUGGCCAAGUAUUCUUAUGCAACAUCACUACAAGCAACUCUUCGAUAUGGUAUAUUGAUUAGUCUGGUGCAAGGACUAGGACUUGGAUUUACAUAUGGGCUUGCCAUUUGUUCAUGUGCCUUGCAACUCUGGGUUGGAAGGUUCCUGGUUACUCAUGAAAAAGCUCAUGGUGGUGAAAUUAUAACAGCUUUAUUUGCUGUAAUAUUAAGUGGCCUUGGGCUGAACCAAGCAGCAACAAACUUCUACUCAUUUGAUCAAGGUCGAAUUGCGGCUUAUAGACUGUUUGAGAUGAUACAAAGAUCAUCCUCUAAUGUUAAUCACGAGGGAACUACCCUAGUGGCUGUACAAGGAAAUAUUGAGUUCCGGAAUGUGUAUUUCAGUUAUCCAUCUCGUCCGGAGAUUCCUAUUUUGAGUAGUUUUUACCUCUCUGUACCUGCUAAGAAAGCUGUGGCACUCGUGGGUAGAAAUGGAUCUGGAAAGAGCAGUAUCAUUCCCCUCAUGGAGCAGUUUUAUAAUCCAACAUUAGGAGAAGUUCUUUUGGAUGGAGAAAAUAUAAAAAACCUGAAUUUGGAAUGGCUCAGAAGCCAGAUAGGGCUAGUCACACAAGAUCCUGCCUUGUUAAGUUUGAGUAUAAGAGAUAAUAUUGCUUAUGGGCGGGAUGCGACAAUGGAUCAAAUUGAAGAAGCUGCUAAAAUAGCACAUGCACAUACAUUUAUUACUUCGCUUGAGAGAUCGUAUGAAACACAGGUAGGAAGGGCAGGAUUAGCACUGACAGAAGAGCAAAAAAUAAAACUUUCAAUUGCCAGGGCAGUGCUUCUGAAUCCAUCAAUUCUUCUGCUUGAUGAGGUCACUGGUGGACUUGAUUUUGAAGCUGAAAGAACUGUUCAAGAGGCUCUAGAUCUCCUCAUGUUGGGACGUUCGACUAUAAUUAUAGCUCGGCGGCUUAGUCUUAUAAGGAAUGCUGAUUACAUAGCUGUGAUGGAGGAAGGUCAACUAGUUGAAACGGGUACACAUGAAGAGUUAAUAACCCAUGAUGGCCUAUAUGCAGAGCUUCUCAGGUGUGAAGAAGCUGCAAAGCUUCCCCGGAGAAUGCCAGUGCGGAAUUACAAGGAGACUACAGCUUUCCAAAUUGAAAUGGAUUCUUCAGCAAGUAAUAGCUUCCAAGAACCAUCAUCCCCAAAAAUGAUGAAAUCACCCUCACUUCAGAGGGUUACUGGUAUAUUUCGAAUGGGUGAUGUCAAUUUUAAUGCACAGGACUCACCAAAACCUAAGAGUCCACCAGUAGAGAAAGUGGUGGAAAACGGUCAGCAGCCCUUGGAUACAGCAGAUAAGGAACCAUCAAUAAAGCGGCAGGAUAGUUUUGAAAUGAGACUACCAGAGCUACCCAAGAUUGAUGUCCAGUCUGCAAAUCAACAAACAACAAAUGGUUCGGACCCUGAAUCCCCUGUUUCACCCCUUUUGACAUCUGAUCCGAAAAAUGAACGUUCUCAUUCACAAACCUUUAGCCGCCCUCAUAGCCAUUCUGAUGAUGUUCCCAUCAAAGUGAAGGGAGCAAAGAGUACACAUUAUAAAAAGUCACCAUCAUUUUGGAGGCUUGCACAGCUUUCUUUUGCAGAGUGGCUUUAUGCUGUGUUAGGAAGCAUUGGUGCUGCUAUCUUUGGUUCCUUUAAUCCUCUUCUUGCUUAUGUUAUCGCACUUGUAGUAACAGCAUACUACAGGGGUAGUGAAGGUCGUCACUUGAGGCAAGAAGUAGACAAAUGGUGCUUGAUCAUUGCUUGCAUGGGUAUAGUGACAGUUGUUGCCAAUUUCUUGCAACACUUCUACUUUGGUAUCAUGGGGGAGAAAAUGACUGAACGAGUUCGCAGAAUGAUGUUUUCAGCAAUGCUCCGCAAUGAGGUGGGAUGGUUUGAUGAAGAGGAAAACAGUGCUGAUACCUUGUCCAUGCGCUUGGCAAAUGAUGCUACAUUUGUGCGAGCUGCUUUUAGUAAUCGGCUUUCAAUAUUCAUACAGGAUAGUGCUGCUAUCAUUGUGGCUGUUUUGAUUGGGAUGUUGCUACAAUGGCGAUUAGCACUUGUGGCUUUGGCAACCCUACCUGUUCUCACUAUUUCUGCCAUUGCACAGAAAUUAUGGCUUGCUGGUUUUUCAAGGGGGAUUCAGGAGAUGCACAGGAAAGCAUCUUUGGUUCUUGAGGAUGCAGUUAGAAACAUUUACACUGUGGUAGCAUUCUGUGCUGGUAACAAGGUAAUGGAGCUCUACAGAUUGCAGCUAAAGAAGAUCUUUAAGCAGAGUUUCUUUCAUGGAAUGGCCAUCGGGUUUGCAUUUGGUUUUUCACAGUUCCUUCUUUUUGCCUGCAACGCUCUUCUCCUCUGGUACACUGCAUACUCCGUGAAACAGAAGUAUAUGGAUCUACCUACUGCUCUCAAGGAGUAUAUGGUUUUCUCUUUUGCAACAUUCGCACUGGUAGAGCCCUUUGGGUUGGCUCCUUACAUACUCAAACGACGUAAAUCUCUCAUUUCAGUAUUUGAAAUCAUAGAUCGAGUGCCAAAGAUUGAGCCAGAUGAAAGCUCCGCCAUGAAACCACCUAAUGUUUAUGGAAGCCUUGAGUUGAAAAAUGUUGAUUUCUGUUAUCCAACCCGCCCAGAACUGUUGGUGCUGAGCAAUUUCAGUCUCAAAGUAAACGGGGGGCAAACUGUAGCUGUGGUGGGAGUUUCAGGGUCGGGUAAGAGCACUAUAAUUUCUUUGAUCGAGAGAUUUUAUGAUCCAGUUGCUGGUCAAGUGAUGCUGGAUGGUCGAGAUCUGAAGCUUUAUAAUUUGAGAUGGUUGAGGAACCACCUUGGUCUAGUUCAACAGGAGCCCAUUAUUUUCUCGACAACAAUAAGGGAGAAUAUAAUAUAUGCAAGGCAUAAUGCUAGUGAAGCUGAAAUGAAAGAGGCUGCAAGAAUAGCGAAUGCUCAUCAUUUCAUCAGCAGCUUGCCUCAUGGUUAUGAUACACAUGUGGGGAUGAGAGGGGUUGAUCUAACCCCAGGACAGAAGCAAAGAAUUGCAAUCGCUCGUGUUGUUUUAAAAAAUGCUCCCAUUUUGUUAUUGGAUGAAGCAAGUUCGUCUAUUGAAUCUGAGUCAAGUCGAGUGGUGCAGGAGGCCCUUGAUACAUUAAUCAUGGGGAACAAAACAACCAUUUUGAUAGCUCACAGAGCUGCAAUGAUGAGGCACGUUGACAACAUUGUAGUUCUUAAUGGAGGGAGAAUUGUGGAAGAAGGGUCCCAUGAUUCUUUAAUGUCAAAGAACGGUCUGUAUGUCCGUUUGAUGCAUCCUCACUUUGGCAAGGGUAUGCGUCAGCACCGCCUUGUUUAGGAUGGGUCUUUGAUAUUAACACGGGGUUUACCUGUACAGUUCUCGUUCUCUCAUUUUGUACUGCUGCAAAUAUCUGCAUCCGAUGGCUUUAUCCUAGAAUAUACGAUGGUAGAUUCAGAGUUGGCAGGGGAGAAUAAGAAUCAGAAUGUGGCGGGAUGUAACAAUGUUUAUAGAGCAAAAUGAGGGGUGGAACAUGGAGGCAGAGGCGGAUUCAUAGUCAUAUUGUUCAAAUGUAGGCUUUAGGAAUAGGGUUUUUGAUGUUUGGUUGGUCUUUGAGGUUGUGCUAUCUGGACUAAUUCUUUAGGAGGCAAGCAUAGGUAGGUUGGUGUUUUGUGCCUUGUCUCCAUGGUAUAUUGAUUGUUUUGAAGCAGAAAGUUGGCAUCAAUACAAGGGUCUACUGAGGUGUGGGGCUUUUCCCUAAAUUUUAGUUUACUCGACUUGAUCUUUUGUCAGUUGGAUGGUAAAUUUAUUUGGGGGGAAGUUGUUGUAACAUUUGUAAAUAUAUAGAUGAUUUAAUGCUAUUCAUUUUUUUCCUGCCUGGUUCA